AUGCUGAACCCCGCAUCUCCUCCCUCACCGACCUUCUCAGGGAGGAAGAGACCGCAUUCGUCAACCGAUACGUCCUCGAUGCCUGCAGAGUCGCCGGCGCAGUCUCAGCAGCAGGCCGCCCGUGAAGCGCUCGCCCCCGCAAGUUCGAUAUCCUCAUCUCAGGCCUCCAAUUCCUCUUCUUUCCGCAAUGUAUCCGCCUGCAACCGAUGUCGUCUGCGAAAAAAUCGCUGUGACCAGCGACUCCCCCGAUGCCAGUCCUGCGAAAAGGCCGGCGUCCGAUGCGUCGGCUACGACCCAAUCACGAAACGCGAAAUACCCCGUAGCUACGUCUACUUUCUCGAGGCUCGCGUGGCAUAUCUAGAAAAGCUGUUGAUGGACAACAAGAUCGAGUAUAAGGAGCCAGUGGCAUUUGAUGAAGAGGAGGCCGUGAAAGUGGAGGCGGGGCUUGAUGCUCCUCAGGCACCGACCACAGGCUCGGAGGCCUUGGUGUCUACAGCCGAAGGAUCUACUGCCGAUGGAGAUGAGAAAGGAGUGAAAGGGGAGACAGACGGCUCGGUCGUGAGACACGAGAAGGAUGCUUCGAGCGGACAGGAGCUGGACAAAACCCGGGAUUCCAACAAAGAGGACAACUGGCGCAUUCAGAAUCUGGUAUCAAACAUAGGAAUGGUCUCGGUGCAAGGAACCUCUGAUCCGCGGUAUCUGGGCUCCACAUCCGGGAUCUCCUUCGCUCGCGUCGUCUUCGCUGCUGUCAAGAGUUCCGUGUCAGGGAACGUUACGGAGCGCGGGCCAAUGCGUCCCAAUGAGCGCCUGCCGCACAGUGCCACGGGAACUGCUGGUAGUACGAUGCGUGAUUCUUUCUUCGGCCUACAGACACGGCCGACCAUGAAAUGUGCGGCAUUUCCGGACCGGGACCUAGCUGAAAGGCUGGUCAACCUUUACUUCGAACAUGCAAACGCCCAGAUACCCAUUCUUCAUCGGACUGACUUCAUGGAGAUGCUCGAUCGGACAUAUGCAGUGGACGAGAAGAACCGCUCCCCACGAAGCCUUUACACUCUCAACAUUGUGUUUGCUAUAGGUGCGGGUAUCAUCUUCGAGGAUAAACCAUCAGGUGACGGGAAACGAGAAGUCCGAGACCAUUCUCCAUCGCCGUGUUCUAAAAGACCGCGACUGUCGAGCCACCAGUAUCAACCGGAAGAGUACCAUGCAUCUGCAAUCAUGCAUCUGGAGUCUUUCCUUGGGAAUACUGCCUCUGGAGACGGAUCAGGUGCUUUGGAAGAAUUGCAAGCUGUGCUCCUUCUCGCUAGUUUCGCUCUUUUGCGACCUGUAGCACCUGGGUUAUGGUACAUCGUCGGCGUUGCGAUGCGACUGGCAGUUGAUCUUGGCUUGCAUUACGAGGACGGCACAGAAAUCGAUACACCCGGGGACGAGAGCUUCAGUCGUACUCAAGGCAAGAGCACCGAUAAACCUAAGAAGCAUGUCGAUACUCGCGAACUAGGACGGCGCCAUUGGGUGCGUGAUCUUCGUCGCCGUCUUUGGUGGUGUGUAUAUAGUCUCGAUCGUUUGGUCAGUUGCUGUGUCGGUCGCCCAUUCGGUAUCAGCGAUCAAGCCAUCAGCACCGAGUUUCCAUCCGCGUUCGAAGAUCAAUAUAUCACUAAGUCUGGCAUCGUGGUACCGCCCGAGGGUGCACCGAGUUAUAAGCAUGCAGCACACCACUAUUUUAAACUCCGAGUUCUGCAAUCUGAAAUUCAAGACGUGCUUCAGCACCAACAAGCCCGUUUCCUCAGACAACGGUCGCCAUAUCCCGCCAAAAGACCCAUUCGUGCAGAUAUUGUAUCUCCGUUCCUGCAAGGCUUUGACUCUUUUCAUUCCUGGCGCAAAGACGUUCACAGGCGCUUGGCAGAAUGGCAGCAAAGCGCGCCAACCCGCCGUGACACAGGCGUGCAGUUCUCCGUCGAGUUCCUUGAGCUGAAUUAUUGGCAGGCUGUUAUCAUGCUAUAUCAGCAGAGCUUGACGGUGCCAGCAGAAUUGGCAGAUGAAAUGAUGCCUGCUGAAGACGUGAAUAGUCCGUCGUUUUCCAAUGUGGAUGAAGUGGAGGACGAGGAUGAAAUCUACUACAAAGUCGCCGAGGCUGGGCAGAAGGUGAUUCGGAUCUAUCGCCAAAUGCAUCGUGUGCGGUUGGUCAAUUAUACCUAUCUGGCCACACACCAUAUUUUCAUGGCUGGUAUCUCUUUUCUCUAUGCGAUUUGGCACUCAGCUCUGGUUCGCAGUCGCUUGACACUCGACGAGGUCGACUUCACUGUCCUUGCCGCUACCUCCGUUCUUGGGGACCUCAUGCACAAAUGUCCACCUGCAGAGGCAUGUCGAGACGCUUUCGAGCGAAUGAGCAAAGCCACAGUACAGAUGUGUCUUUCGACCACCGGUUUCGGAUCGCAAGUAGAUCUCGGCCGGAUCCAGGCCGAAGCAGCGCAACGACAGGCAGCUGCGCUUCACAUUAACCAAACCAGAGCAUACGCAGGCAACCAGGCUGAUCCACGAUCUCGCCAUAUCCAAGGCCCCGUCCGUCGACAGGGCGCCGGCCCUAUGCGUCAAGCACCUCGCCCAUUGCCACGCUUCGACAUGAAUCUCGGUGACCUGUUCAACGAUCAUGCCGGUGUUCCCGACCGGCCCAACAAUGGGCCCAGGAAACCUGUGCAGUCGUACCCACCACCACCUCGCGGGCCCCGACCCGACUACCCAGAUCCCUCCUCAUCCAACUACCCUCCCGACCGGACCUCUAUUCGUCCCCAUCCCCAGCGGACCCCUUCCCUAGAAUACUACGCGUCUCCAUACGACAAUUCUGUCUCGCCUCAGACUCAACAGCAACCGCAUCCACAGCAGCAGCAGUAUUACUACGCCCACUCGCCCCAGCAGAGCGCCUCACCUAACAGUGUCGGUGCCGGCAACAACCCAAGUCACCCUGCUGGUGCUCCAUACCAACCAACUCACGACCACCCCACCUCUAUCAGCCUUGAUUUCCUCGACUUCGACCCCAGCAAUGCAGCCGAUGGCCAAAUUCCCGCCUCCGACGACAACAACCCCGAGUACAACCUCCAGGCCAUGCCGUCAUUAGGCCAUGGGGUCGGUCACAGUGUGGGGAUCGACCUCGGCUUCGGCAUGGCGAUGGAUUUCCAGCAUGAUUGGAGUGAGAAUGCCAAUUAUGAUAUGCUAGAAGGAUACUUUUUUGGUGGCUCGGGUGGCUCGGGUAACAAUGGACCGUCUGGAGAGGGGUGA